CAAACCUGGAAGCUUGAGCAGUUCUGCAGCAACACCAGGGCUAUCAAACUGUUGAAGGCACGGAUUUGUCCUCUGUUGACAACAUGAUGGCAGCCGUCAUGAGCUUGGGGAAGAUACCCGGAAAUGGAGCGGUGUCUCCAAACAUUAAAUCCCCAUCAAAAUCUCUUACUCCUAACCGGAUUGGCCGUAGAAACCAGGAAACAAAAGAUGAGAAGUCUUCCUAUACGUGCCCUCUGUGUGAAAAGUUUUGUGCAACCCAGCAUCAGCUGACCAUGCAUAUUCGUCAGCACAAUACUGACACUGGAGGGACAGACCAUUCCUGCAGCAUCUGUGGAAAGUCUUUGAGCUCAGCAAGCUCCCUGGAUCGCCACAUGCUUGUGCAUUCAGGUGAAAGGCCUUAUAAAUGUUCGGUGUGUGAUCAGUCAUUCACUACCAAUGGAAACAUGCACAGACACAUGAAAAUCCAUGAGAAGGAUCUGAAUGGCACUACGAAUACACCUCCCUCCCCACUGAAGCGCAGACGGUUGUCCACCAAACGAAAACUCAGUCAAGAGCCUGAGACAGACAGGGAGGACCAAAGUCCCGCAAAAAAGAUUGUGGAGGACCCACAAAGCGGCGAAACUGAAAAGAAAGCCGAGGAAGAAGUGUAUCGUUGUCCAGUGUGUUUCAAGGAAUUUUCGUGCAAGUAUGGGCUCGAAACCCACAUGGAGGCACACCCAGAUACUUCUCUGAGGUGUGACAUCUGUUGUAUUACCUUUCGCACCCACCGGGGUUUAUUGCGGCAUAAUGCAGUCAUUCAUAAACAACUUCCAAGAGACCCAUCAGGAAAGCCUUUUAUUCAGAACAACCCCUCGAUUCCAGCAGGCUUCCAUGAUUUGGGGUUCACAGACUUCUCUUGUAGGAAAUUUCCUUGCAUCUCUCAGGUCUGGUGUGAAACGAACUUGCGGAGAUGCAUCAGUGAAUUCCACCGAUACAUCUGCGAGACUUGCAACAAGGCAUUCCCCAUGCUGGCUGCACUCAGGCUGCACAUGGAAACCCACAGAACGAGUCAGGGCAAAGAGAAGCACAAUCCGCAGUCAGAGGAUGAAGACCUGAAAGCUUACAUGACAUCCUUGGGGCUGCAGCACACCAAAGACAUCCCGCCUGUCAAGCAAGAGGAGCUGGUGCCAGACGAGGUCCAAGAAACACAGCGAAGAACAAGUAACCUACCUCAGGAACCUGGUAGUCCUAAUCAGUUGAACAUGUCCCCUCUGGAGGCAGCUUCUGUAGGGGGGCCUUUUUCAGCCCUUCCCUCUACAAAAGAGAACCUGAAGUUCCUGUCGCUACCGCCUUACCAGAAAAGCUUCAUAAUACAGCCUGACAAUAGCAUCGUGGUCAAACCCAACUCCGAGCUAGCAGACAUUCAGCAGAUCUUAAAGAUCGCUUCUUCAGCAACCCCCCAGAUCAGCCUCCCGCCACUUUCGAAGGCGCCUCUGGUUGGCGCACAGUCUGUCUUCAAGCAUAUGCCACCACUAAAGCCAAAGCCCUUGGUAGCCCCACGGACAGUCGUAGCAACUUCAACGCCGCCUCCACUGGUCAAUACUCAGCAGGCUUCUCCUGGGUGUAUCAGCCCAAGCCUUCCUCCAGGGCCACCCAGGCUGGUCAAAACCUCCGAAGAGUCAACUUCUAACCCUUACAGCAAACCAGGAUUCAAGCUGAGCCCCUCUCCCCAGGCCCAGGCAGAGCCUCUGAGUCAGCACGAAAUGAAAACUCAACUGGAACAAGACAGCAUCAUAGAAGCCCUCCUGCCUUUGACUAUGGAGGCCAAAAUCAAGCAGGAGGUAAUGGAGCGAGACCUCAAAGCGAUUAUCUCUGGGGCGGCGAACAAGAAGUCUCCAGCCAUGAGAAAAGUCUUGUAUCCAUGCCGGUUUUGUGACCAGGUAUUUGCUUUCUCAGGCGUCUUGAGAGCUCACAUCCGCACCCACCUGGGCAUCUCCCCUUACCAGUGCAACAUCUGUGAUUACAUUGCAGCCGACAAAGCAGCUCUGAUCCGGCACUUGAGGACACACAGUGGGGAGAGGCCAUACAUCUGCAAAAUCUGCCACUACCCUUUCACGGUGAAAGCAAACUGCGAAAGGCAUCUCCGCAAAAAGCACCUCAAGAUUACGAGGAAGGAAAUAGAGAAGAGCAUAGAGUAUGUUACCAGCAAUGCGGCAGAGAUGGUGGAUGCCUUCUGUUCCCCAGACACAGUGUGCAAGUUCUGUGGGGAGGACCUGAAGCAUUACCGGGCACUCCGCAUUCACAUGAGGACGCACAGUGGCUGCCAGAAGAAGAAGCCGUUCGAAUGCAAAGAGUGUGGAACCACCUUCUCAGCCAAGCGGAACUGUGUCCAUCAUAUCCUCAAGCAGCACUUGCACAUCCAGGAGAAGGAGAUAGAGAGCUACGUGCUGACAGUGGACUGCACCCCUUCAGAGAGCCAGCCAGGCCCUCUGCUACUGGAAGACAGCACUUACAUGGACUGCAAGCCCAUUGCACCUUUUAGAGAACCUCAGAACGGCUUCUUAAUUGGCUCCUCCUCUCACCCAUCGAUCAAACGUGAAACCACAAACAGCUUCCCUAUGGAUUUCGAUGAGCCUUUAGAUUUCUCGCAAAAGAACAAAAACCUGAACUCUGUACUGGUAAAACAGGAAAACCCAUUUGGUUCUUCUCUGUAUGACAGUUCCAUGGAGCCCAUUGACUUGUCAAUCCCCAAAGCUCCAAAGAAGGACAAAGAGGACAAUGUUGUGAGCGAGGAGAAGAAACCGGAGCACCUCAGUGGGAAUGACGAGAAGAUCCAUAACUUUCAACAGUCUCCUCCCCCAGUGAAUGGUAACUUAGAGAACCCAGUUCUCAGACAUUCCCAGCCAUUGAAGGGUCCAUUGCAGGUGACUCUCCCAAUUAUUUCUCCUACCCUUCUGGGGAACUCUGCUUUGCUGCGCCCCUUGAGGCCUAAGCCCCCACCACUGUUGCCAAAGCCUGCCCUCUCGAAAGAUCUGCCUCCGCUCGCUUCCAUCGCACAGAUUAUUUCAUCUGUGUCUUCUGCUCCUGCUUUGCUGAAAACAGAGGUCACAGACUCAGUUCCCACAAUAGCCAGCACCUCCACUGGGUCCGAAAAAUCAGGGAGUUCCAAACCAAAAGCGACAAUUGCAACCGCUGCUGAGACGGAUACCGGCGUUCCUACCGACUUGACACCAAGGGUGUGCAGUCCGGAUCGGCUGCAGAAGUCUGCCCCUUCUGGAUCCACGAAGAAAAGAGGCAGGAAGAGAGGCACGAAAAACAAGCCCAAAGCGAGCGGUGGUGUGGACCUGGAGUCUAGCGGUGAGUUUGCGAGUAUAGAGAAAAUGCUGGCUACUACGGACACUAAUAAGUUCAGCACGUUUCUGCAGUCAACUCCUGACUUCAAGCAAGCAGUGGACCGAAAUGGAACCAGUGAGGAAGAGAGAGAAGUGGUCGAGGGCAAGGUGCUGCGGGGAAAGAAGAACGCCUACUCAAACUGCGUCCAGAAAAUCAGCUGUCCUCAUUGUCCUAGAGUCUUUCCGUGGGCAAGUUCCUUACAGCGGCAUAUGCUGACUCACACAGGUCAGAAGCCCUUCCCCUGUCAAAAAUGUGAUGCCUUCUUUUCCACCAAAUCUAACUGUGAACGCCACCUCUUACGCAAACACGGGAUUACCAGCUACUGUCUAAGAAGAAACGGGCUUAUCCCCCAGUCUAAAGAAAGUGAUCCUGGAGCUCAUGAUAGCACAGACAGUCAAUCAGACCUGGAGAACGCAAGUGCAGGAAGUGAAGCGCUGGACUUGACCUCUGGAGAAAGAGACCAGCCGGAGGAGGCUGCUGAGCUUCUCGAACCUGAAGGCACUCCCGACGAGGAGGACAAAGUUGACUCAUCCCAAGGAGAGGAAGAUGCACAAAUGAAGAUAAGCGAGGAUGAAGAAGGGCUGGACGAAGACUCUGCCAGCAACAGAAGCCUGGACCUCAAUUUUGCUAGCAAGCUGAUGGACUUCAAGCUGGCUGAGAGUGACCAGAGCACAGGCAGUAGUGUUCAGGCAGAACAGAGAUAUGCCUGCAACGUCUGUGGGAAAUCGUUCAAAUUUGCUGGCACGCUCAGCCGGCACAAAAAGGCCCAUGCGCAGGAAGAAAGGAAAGAUGAAAAAAGCAGUGAGGACGAAAGCAAAAGCGUUCAGGAUGGAGCCCAGGCACAUGGUACAGCGGACCUUUCUCCUGAGCAGGAAGAGCCCUCAGGUGACAUAAAGGUAGCUGAAUCUCCCACAGACGGCGAGGCUACGGGAAAAGAGAACGAAGAGAGUGAAAGCAUCUCUGAGGGAGAGAGCACGGAGAGGAAGUCUUCUGAGAAGAGUGACGACGACAGAAAGCCAAAAGCUAAUGGUGCGGCAAAGAAUGAGUCCAAGGCCGACAAAAGAAAGAAGGUCUGCACAAUUUGCAACAAGAGAUUUUGGUCUCUGCAAGACUUGACAAGGCACAUGAGGUCCCACACAGGGGAGCGACCUUACACAUGUCAAACCUGCGAACGGACCUUUACUCUGAAGCACAGCUUGGUUCGCCAUCAGCGUAUACAUCAGAAGGUAAAGAAUGCCCGGCAUCAUGGGAAGGAGAGUGACCGCGAGGACACCCGCUCCAGGGGUGACGAGGACAGCGAAAACGAGUCUCUCCAUAGCAGCACCAACCCCAUCUCUGAAAAUGAGUGCGAGUCGCUUGUGGUGCCUGGUAGCCAUUCCCCCAUUACUAGAAGCCGGAAAGAGAACCUUGCUACCGCUGCAAAGGAUUUCAUUUGCAAGGACGAAAGGCUUAAUGUCAGAACAACUGGCCCUGGUUUUGCAGAGUCUAACAAGAAUGCACAGAAGCAAACGGCGAAAGAGCAGGAGUCUCGAGGGAACGGCGACCACGAGAGCUCAUCGGGAUACAUACAGGAUUUGCUGGAGAUGCACAACAAAAAAUCUUCCAUGAGUCACAUUCUUGCCUCUGCAGAAAGCGCUCCUCAGCUCUUGGGAGUUGAGUGACAGUUAUGGCGUCAUCCGCACCCCAGCAAACUGAUCCGGCUCACAGAA